GUCAAAGUGCAUGGCAGGCAUGCAAGAUUCCAGCCCCAAAUGAAAAAGGAAAGUUUCAUUCAGCCUUCUCAGGAUGUAUAUUCGGAUCUAAGGGUGCUCAUGAGUCAUGGUGGUAAGACUUCGACCUGACUUCAGAGAUGGUGGACGGAGCCCGUGCACCGAUGUCCUAAAAUUUUCAUUGAUUUACCGGCGGAAUUGGUUGGUGUGAUUGUGAAUGAGUGUGUCUCGCUACGUGCCGGACUUGCAAGCCCGGCGAAAGUCGAGCAAAGCAGGAACACCCGACGCCAUCCCACAUCUUGUUGAACCUCCCAAGCCCCCCGCAACGGAGGAGCCAGAACGAUCGUCCAGCACGAUGGAGAAAAGGACGACUCCUGGUCGACGCCUGCCGUCCGUCCCCAACGGGCAGCUGCAGACUUCCUCUGUGCCGCUGUCGAAGAAAUCAGGACCGAGCCUACUAGCCACGGUUGAUAGUAAUAAGACAGAUGCUCAGCCAUCACCGACUAGAACACGACGUUACGGGUCUCAUGCAGCUCCUCCACCACUUACCCAGCUACAACCGGCGAAAACACCCACGGGCAGCGCACGGACCUCAGUGUCAGACUGCAAAAUUGCAGAGGAACUCGAAACCAGUAGCGGUUCAUUCGUGGUGCCCGACGACCUUCUGAGCCCACCAACGGCCUCACCCACACGUCAUGGCAGAGAAAAGAAGUUUUCACUACCAAGCGGGCCCGCACCGAUCAUGUCCAAGCAUUCCGCGCCGGUGCUCACACGCCGUCCCAGCCAUGGCUCUGGGUUGGGACCAGCCCUGGCACGGCAGAGCAGAACCAGCACAACCAGAAAGGCUAGUGUUCGUAAGACCAGCACAAUAUGCUCGGGCAGUCUGAAGGAACAGCUGACCAUGCGCCUGGAUAUUCACCUGCACUCGUUUUCCCUGAUCCAGUCACGCUCUGCCUUGAGUCGACAGCGUAGAGUCGACUUCUCGAAAUGCUCAGUCAAUGUAUCCGCCAGUCUGGGACCUCGCGUGGACACGUCUGCUCCAUUUUACUUGGAGAAGGAAGUGCAGACAUCUCCCAGGACACUCGGUCCACAGGAGGACACUUUCUCCGCAUCACUGCAGCAAGCUAUAUCACUGCCCAUUGUGGUUGGUGUGUCGAAUGACAACCCAGAACGGUACCUGAGCAAGGAUAUACGUUUGACGAUGGAGUACGGCAAGCGCGAUUACCUGACGCAGUCGAACGGCAUCGGGGAGGUCAAAUGGUGUCCCCUAGCCACCGGCAGCCUUGACCCUACAGAGAUCAUGAAGUCUGGAGUCACACGCUUCAGUCAGCAGCAAAGUGUGCAGAUGACAAUGCACCAGGCUCAAUCAGGUACGACAAGUCGUUGUGUGUUGGACUGCACUAUCAUUGGAACAAUACUGCAGAGGAAACAUGACAGCGAGAUUGAUACCACUGAGAAAUUCAGCUUUGACGAAGAAGUGUUUGAGUUUCACAGUGACAUAGACGAUGAUUAUGAUUCGGAAGAUGCGCACUCCUCUGGAGACGAAGUGCCAGACGGAGCAGACAAAUUGCAUUCCGCGCCCGCCAAGCGGCACGUGCGCAAGAGUGGUGCCAGUGCCAUAGCAAUGCGUGCGGUCGGUGCUCAGAAGAAGUCCAUCGUUCCUCGCCGCACCAGUCGCGUGUCCGCCACCGACGCACCCAGCGAGAUGGGCGCCGACCCGAUGCACACCACGGCGGCGUUUGCGUACGAGGGAGAGUUCAACCGGCUCGGCCUGCUGCACGUGUCCGUUUGCAGCAUGAAGUGCAACAACGCAAUGGCUGGUACAGCACAGGCACCCAGCAGAAAGCAACUGUCCGACGGAGAGAAGGUCAUCCUGUCGGCCGAGAUCAAUGGUGGCCUGACUAAGCAACGCUCAAAGCCAGCCGUGUUCACGUCCGGCAUGCCGCUCACAUGGGACUCAAAGCAACCGCAGUUCACCUUCUACACACUCAAGUCUCGCCAGAUCUUCCUGUCGCUGUACUCGGCUCAGCCAGGCUCAAAGGCUAUUGUCAAGGAGAAGGAUGUCAAUCUGCAUGGUCUGGCAAACGUCCCCCUGAACUCUGUCACGGAACUGUCAGACAAACUACCGCUGACCUAUGCCCAGCCUGCCCCGAUGACAUUCGUAGAAAAUGAUACAUCGCUGCAGACUGAGGCAACAGUGACACCGAUUGGGAAAGCAGCGGUGAAUGUCGCUUUCAUAAGUCUUCCCGAGAGGCAGCCUUGCUGCGGAUGCUUGAAAGCUCGGGCCCUUUCCACGUCAGGUCUUGAUGUGGCGAAGGACAUCAAGCAGAUAUCUUGUGCUCUAAAGGUGGACGGUGUCUUCAAGGGUAUGAGCUCGGAGAGCGAAGUGUCUGCACAAGGUGUUUCAACAUGGCCACACGAUCAGCUGUGCGAAGUGUCAGCGAGUGAUGCUGUGGAUCUGGAGCUGCACUUGUGGGCACGCUGCAACCUGACACGGAAGUGGCUUGGCUGUGGAGUGCUGCCCAUAGGGCUGGCACUCAGGAGGCAGGUGGAGGCCAAGGGCUCGACGUCGUCCACGCCAAACAACUCUGGCAGCGACUACGGCAGGGCGAUAAAGCAAGAGUUAUGGAUACCUCUUGAGCCGCAGGGAUUUGUUCUGGUGGAGGUGUGGAUAUCAGACUCUCUGAACCUGUCGAGCAGCAAAGAAACUGCCGCCUCAGUCAACAACGAGGAAACCGAUAUUGCCAGGAAACCGGAUUCACAGUCAGAUGUAACCUCCGGUCAGGCACUAACCGAGUCCGCCAAGGAGAACCUGGAUGGAACUACUGGAGCUGGGACACGCAAGAAGUCAGAUCCUAAAUGGGAAGAUCUGCUGCUGGUCCUGAAAGACAGAGUGGAACUGAGAAAAGAGGUUGAGUUUCUUCACGAAACCCUUCGUUCUACCAAAGCGAAGCUGGCUGAGAGCGAGUUCAUGCGUGCAAAGCUGGAAUUGGAGAACAGGAAGUUACAUGAUAGGCUGAACUCUGCCAAGAGCCACACGAAGGAGAUGGCACGGAAGGCCACUAACCUUGAGCUGCGGCAGCUGGUACUUACCUCGCAGGAAAUGGAAGAGAACGGCUACUCCACAGCGUAGUGUGAAGCCAUGUCGCUGUACUCAUGUAGCCGUGUGCUCUGGCAAUGCACAUGCAUGGCUUGUUCGGAUACAGUCACAAGAUACGAGGAUAAGCCGGAGGGUCCCAGUCUGCAACUGUCUAUAAUAAUGUACGUGAAAUUGCCAAUUGAAUUUUCCAAGAAAAAUUGAACAUUUGCAUGGCUACGGCAUGUCAUUGGUUUUCAUUUAGUAGAGCUCUUUUCGAAAUAAUAAUUCUUUGAAUCUGGCUACAGAUUGAGUUGUGACUGUGGUGAAUAUUCUUGUAUCUGAAUUGCUUGCUGCCCCACCUCCUGCACUACAUACACCACUUAUAAAAUUAACUUUCACGUUUGAGUCUCUUACUGCUUUUUACUCCAAAGUACAGAUUUGAACUGUUAACCCUCUGACUGAGAAGGUUGAAUUGAUUCGUUAGAAUUAUGCUAGUACCUGGCAACUUUCCCAUUGACACGUUAUAGCCUGAUUUCUGAUAUUCUAAAGUAGGGUAUGAUAUAGGCUGUCAUGACGUCACUGCGUCUACUGUUUUGAGUAGCUAUCCAUUGGUGGCCUCAUCAUCGCCGCCCUUACUAAGCUCUGCACUAUAUGACAUCGUCUUGAGCCAUGACUUUCCGCUUGUAGCAUAAAUUUUAUUCCAUGACCAGAACGUUUCCAUUCGCUUCUUUAUGCUACAUUUAGUAUGACAUUGUUAUGUUUCAACAUUGCUUUCCACCUGAACACGCGCACGCACAGCUAGAUACACUCACUGAACACACCGGUACUUACUAUAAGCUUGGCAUAUUGAUUUUGCACCAUGUCUGCUCCAGGGCGGCCGCAUCAUAUGAAGUUAUCACUGUGAAUGAGGGCAUGUUGCCAGUAUUUCUGUCGGCA